AUGAGCAAUGUCAAUGUUGAUUGGUUGACACGCCAUGCAAAUGUCAUCGUUAAGUUUUCGCUACGUUUUCUUGCCACACUCUGUCUGCCGAAGAAUCACUCUGACGCGAUGAACUUCCUCCUGCGCUGCGGGCUACUGUAUGUGCUGUUUCUUUGUGUGCUGGGAUCACAAGCUGAGGUCUCCAAGGAGUCUGUUGAGUCUGCCGUGGAGGUGCUUAAGCAGAAGGUGAACCUGCUCAAACCACCCCCAGUUGAGUGCAGGCCAUACAUCAAACGUUUAUUGCAGUGGUACAUUAUGCAUUUGGAGAAGGCGCGGGGCUGUAUGCAAUGUCUUGAGGUGCCCGAGGCGGACAAGAAACCCUGCUACAAAUGCUUCCUGCACACGAAAUACACGGUCACUUCGACAAUGUUCUAUCUGGAGGCAAAAACGCAGGACAUGAUGGAUAAACUGCUUUUGUACAAUAUGCGCACAAAAACAUUGGCAUGCGUGGAUCGCUCUGUUUACUGCUACGUUGGCUCGGUUGCUGUUACUUAUUUUCUGCGCAAAUUUCUCCUCAGCAAACAUCGCACUGUGUGGAUCUGUUGCCCGGAUUGUUUCUUAAGCAGUCAUCUUCUCUUCCCCGAAUACAGUGGAGUGUUCCAAGGUCCCAUUAUAUCUCUCUGCAUGAUAAAUCCGCUAACGAUAUUGCUUUUGGGCAUGUUUAUGAAAAUCCAACUCACUCUGCCGGUAUCUGAGUGUUGCUCGCUCCUCAAUUAUAUGAUGCUUUUUUCAUCGUGGAAUCCCUUCUGCUAA